GUCCGUCAGCCGUCGCGGUCGCCUGGGCGGACUGUGUUCGGUGACCGCCUCGACCACUUCUCCUUGGUGUCAUCCCCGACCUCGUUAACUCUCCCGGAUCCAUUGUCCUCGUCUCGUCGGUCUCGUCAACUACUCCGCGGCCCUCGCAUGCGACCAGCUACAAGAGACGACCCGGUAAGAUAUCGAGAUGGGUGCGAUGUUCAAAAGUGAGGAGAUGGCUUUAUGCCAGCUGUUCAUCCAACCGGAAGCUGCCUACCUUUCCGUUUCCGAGCUGGGAGAGACCGGGACCGUGCAAUUCCGAGACCUCAACAGCGACGUCAACUCCUUCCACAGGAAAUUCGUGAACGAGGUGCGAAGAUGCGACGAAUUGGAGCGGAAACUUCGAUAUAUCGAGGCGGAAGUGAAGAAAGAUGGCGUCCCUAUCGUCGACAACCUUACCGAGCUUCCGCGAGCACCCAAUCCGAGGGAGAUUAUCAAUCUCGAGGCUCAUCUAGAGAAGACCGAAAGCGACAUCCUGGAGCUGAGCCAUAAUGCCGUGAACUUGAAGAGCAAUUAUCUGGAAUUGACGGAACUUCGCCACGUCUUGGAGAAGACGCAGGUCUUCUUCACGGAGGUGCCCAUGUUUUUUGUCAUGCCCGUUGAACAGGAAGAGGCCAAUGACUCGAUCACCAGGGCUCUCAUCAGCGAGGAAGUGCAGAAUCCGAGUGCGAUAGGUCGUGGACGACUAGAAUUCGUCGCCGGAGUCAUCAACAGAGAACGCGUGCCAGCUUUUGAGAGGAUGCUGUGGAGAAUCUCCAGAGGGAACGUUUUCCUUAGACAGGCGGAACUUGAGAAGCCACUCGAUGAUCCGGCAACGGGCAACAAGAUCUACAAGACGGUCUUCGUGGCUUUCUUCCAAGGGGAGCAGCUUAAAAGUCGGAUCAAGAAGGUCUGCACAGGGUUCCAUGCAUCUCUUUAUCCCUGCCCAAACAGCCACGCCGAGAGACAAGAAAUGGGGAAGGAAGUGCGGACUCGACUGGAGGAUCUGAACCUGGUUCUGAACCAGACGCAGGAUCAUCGCCAACGGGUCCUUCACAACGUGGCGAAGGAAUUGCCCAACUGGAGCAUCAUGGUCCGGAAGAUGAAGGCGAUCUACUACACGAUGAACCUCUUCAACAUGGACGUCUCCAAGAAGUGCCUGAUCGGGGAAUGUUGGGUCCCGAUCGCGGACCUCGCCGUGGUCCAGAACUGCCUUACGGAAGGAUCGCGUCUCUGCGGUAGUUCGAUCCCGAGCUUCCUUAACGUCAUCCACACGGCUGAGGACCCUCCAACCUUUAAUCGGACUAACAAAUUCACCAGGGGGUUCCAAAACCUGAUAGACGCCUACGGAGUCGCUUCUUAUCGAGAGGCCAAUCCGGCACUCUACACCAUCAUCACCUUCCCAUUUCUCUUCGGCAUCAUGUUCGGCGAUGCCGGUCAUGGUCUUAUCAUGACCAUCUUUGGUGCCUUCAUGGUAAUUCGGGAGAAGCAGCUCUCCGCUAAGAAAACUGAUAACGAGAUCUGGAACAUAUUCUUCGGCGGGCGGUACAUCAUCCUCCUCAUGGGUUUGUUUUCCAUCUACACCGGUAUCAUCUACAACGACCUGUUCUCAAAGUCGGUUAACGUGUUCGGAUCUAGCUGGAAGAUCAGGUACAACUACUCCACGGUCAGGAAUAACGCAGAUCUCCAGUUGGAUCCGGGCACGGACGACUACACACAAAGUCCCUAUCCGUUGGGCAUGGACCCCGCCUGGAUGGUGGCCGAAAAUAAAAUAAUCUUCCUCAACUCUUACAAGAUGAAGCUGUCCAUCAUCUUCGGGGUCGUCCACAUGAUCUUCGGCGUCUGCGUUAGCGUGGUCAAUAUCGUGAACUUCCGAAAGUACUCCAGCUUGCUCUUGGAGUUCCUGCCUCAGGUCAUGUUCCUGAUCCUGUUGUUCGCGUAUAUGGUCUCGCUGAUGUUCAUCAAGUGGAGCAUCUACGAUGCUACGUCGACUGAUCCAAGAUAUGGACCCACGUGUGCACCUUCCGUGCUGAUCACGUUCAUCAACAUGGUGCUGUUCAAACACACACCGGUACAAGCCCAUUGUUCCGAGUACAUGUUCGACCAGCAGGAAACGUUGCAACAAGUCUUCGUGUUCGCUGCUUUGUUGUGCAUUCCCGUGAUGCUGUUCGGCAGGCCAAUUUUCAAGUUGUGCCAAUCAGCGAAAGUGAUAUCACCUGGAAAAGUUCAGCAAUCCAAUGGGGUGGCCACUCACGACAUCGAGCUGCAAACUUUCGAGGUCUUGAACCAACCUUGCACGAGUGAAAUUAACGAUGGGGCCCAUGAAGACCAUGAAAGCUUUGGCGAGAUCAUGAUCCACCAGGGGAUCCACACCAUAGAAUACGUACUUUCCACGGUGUCCCACACCGCUUCCUAUCUCCGUCUGUGGGCCUUAUCACUGGCCCACGCCCAGCUAUCGGAGGUCCUGUGGACCAUGGUCCUCAACAAAGGAUUGUCUGCUCAAGGAGGGAACUAUAUAAACAGCAUUACGCUGUUUUUCGUCUUCGGGGCAUGGGCCUUGUUCACCCUGGCCAUCCUUGUCAUGAUGGAGGGACUCUCCGCCUUCCUACACACGCUUCGUCUUCAUUGGGUGGAGUUUAUGAGCAAGUUCUACGAGGGCCAGGGGUAUGCUUUUCAACCCUUCUGCUUCAAAACCAUCUUCGAUGCCGAAGACGCUGAAGAUUGAGGAACCACUUCUGAAGAGCCUUGACCUUCCGCAACAAUUUAGCCGACACUUAAGUGUCAAUAUAUAUUUUUUAUGCGAGCAUUUUGGAGGUUUGCGAAUUGCCCGCCGAUUCGGAUACUGUAAAUACACUUGUAGGGCAAUUUUUCAGCUGUUAUGGUUUUUUCGAAAACUGCAGUGAAUUGCGGAGGAAAACGCACAACAUGUAUUCAUUCCAAUAAUCGAUACGGCGAUCGUCGUUCUGGAUCUUCGAGAUGUAAGUAUAUCAUAGAGCUGAUAAAAAUGAAGAAGUCACUGAUAAGACAGUUAAAAAAUGAUUUUCUAAUUUCGCACCAUCUUCUAUGGAAAUUUCAUUCAGACACGUGCGCUUAUUUUUUGACGUUUCAUUUAUACGUUAUAUAAACAUGCGUUGUAAAUUAAUAACCAGUGUUAGGGAUUUAGGCUUUUUUUAAUUGUUGUUCCGUUUUUCUCCAUUUUUCUAAACUCUAUGAGGGAGACAUCGAAUAAUGAACGUCCUUACGUGCGUACGUAUUUAUAUUCUGUAUUACGAGAGUACAAAUAUUCACGGUGUGUGAGCAGAUCGAUAAUUAUUGAUAGUAUUCAGCCGAUUUAAGGCGAAUUCGAGGUUUGCGAGAAGGAUAUUAAAAAUCGAGGGGAAGACCCGAAGGUAUUUGAUAUAAAAUAUAUAUGUAUUGCACUGAUAUAAA